UCGUAACACCUUGCCUCUGAGGCCCAAUAUGAACGUGCGGCUUCGUGUCCUCGCAUUUGUGACGUUUCGAUAACGAGAACGGUUGUUAACGGUGGCACGAGACGACGGAGAAGGAGCUUCGUCGAUCGAUCGGUUCUUGAGUCACGUCGCGAUCCGCGAUCACUUCGUUCUACUUUAUUCCACUCGGUUCCGGAUAGUGCGGAAUUCCUGAAGUGACAUUUGCAAGGUCGGACAGAGGACGAAGGAGUCAAAGAGGACGCGGGACACUCGCGAACGUAGACGACGAUCAUCGCGCACCGAAGCUCGCGUGGAUUACGUCACUUAUAAUGUUUACGUUUUUCUAACUAUGUCGGCAUCGUCAUGUACUCUCAUCGACAUAAAAACCGUGCUUAUAGAGGUUAUUUCACCAACUUAAUACCAUUUUUCUAAGCGCUCCGAGUGGAAAGUCGGCAACGUUGCGUAGCCAGUUAUUACUGUACGUUUAUGGAUUAUUCAGCAAGACUUUCCUUCAGUCCUGCCGAUUUCCUAGUGGAUUUUCUCAUCGAUCGCAAAUGACUGACGGCUCGGGCUCUUUGCCUCGUCGUUGGGUCGGAGCUGCUCAUACUUUUACGGCGCUUCCUGCUGUCAGGGAGCUUUGAGGAGUCAACUGCGGUCCGCAAAAUAUUUUCUGCUCACGAGCCUGGAGCUUCGCGCGAGGAGUCGAUAAAACCAUUUUCCGAAGAUGGUUUAUCGGGGGAGCUUGCAAACGGACGACCCUCGGGACGCGCCGCGCUUGGUGAGGAUGACGCCACUCCGGACGAGUCGAACGAACGGCAUGGAAAGUCCAUCGACGGGGAUGAACAACAAGACGAGUCGAGGACACGCCGGAUAUUCGAGCGGAUCAGUUGUCCCGUCAAAAUCCAUUUAUUCGGGAUCAGGUGGAAGCGGCGGAAUCGACGUCGAUCGAGCGAGAUUGAUAGAGGAGAGAAGAUUGUGUCGCGAGCGCGACAUCGAGUCGGUGGAAAAGGUGAUAUUGAGAACGACCGGUAUAAAGGUCGGAGCGCCGCGGCUGCGGAACAUAAACGAGAUUCGAGAGACCGUUUGCAUCCACGCGACCCCGAGAGUCGAUAAGAAAGCAUCAGGGAAAAGCGGCUCGAGAUCGCGCCCGAAAACUCUCUUCGUGGGUUCAACGAUCGAGGAAUCGAACCGCGAGGAACGGGAGGACGAGAAAUGUACGCGUUUGCACUACGCCUCGGCGCGUCCGCCGAGUUCGAUGUUGGCGAAUCUCAAAGAUUUGGAACGCCUCCGAAGCACUCCGCAGCCGGAAAGGAAUUCGCGUUCCAGUCGUCAACUCCGCGGCGACAACAAAACACCCGUUGAAAACGCGUCCAAGUCGUCGAACGAGUGCCCCGAUCCCUCGCCCAAAAGCGCCACUUCCAACGCCGCCAAAAUACGCGCCGACAUCAUGAAGAUCCAGCAAAUGUUCGCUUCCCCGAGCGAGCGCGGAUCCCGCGGUGCUAACACGGGCUCGCCCAAAACUGGCAAUUCGAGUAGCAACGGAGCCCCGAAGACUCGCGACGGCGACGAGAGAAGCGGCAAAUCUGCUGAUGUUAAUAGAACGCGAUUGCUCGCACAGAAACUCAUCCAAGUUUCUCGUGGCUCCAAUCGCGAACAGCAAAACAAGCAACUCGAUAGAAUCGAUAACAAACGAGAUUAUCACACAAAGGACAAAAAAGUGACGAACCAAACGCCCAAACUUGCUGAAAAGAGCCCAUCGAGUCCCUCCAAACUACGCACGCCCGCUGAAUUCACCAGUAAAAGUGAGGAGCCCCUCGGGACGAGGGACAAGAACGAGCAGCCUCAACCGCCCGCGAGAAGGCGACGAGAUUCCAGAAUUUCCAUGAUCACCGAUCAGCUCGAUGACGCGGGCGAAGGAUCUCCGAAAAAAAAUGGCUGCCACGACAUCAAAAAUUCGUCCACCGGUCCCACGGAACACGGCGACACUGGUCAGGGUCUCACGAAGCGAACAACCGUCCUUGAGAGACCGGAUAUACUCGACGGCCUGCUUAAAGAAUCUGACAGGCAAUUGGAAGAGUUGCAGAACGAUUUGACCGAGAGAAGUCGACCGAGGAGUCAUUGGCGAGGUUUCGUACAAUCCAUGAGACUCCAUGACGUGGAAUUGCACUCUGACAGCGAGGACUCGAAAAAAGAUCUCAACUUGUGGAACAAGAGUAUCAGUCAAAGAUGGCGGAAACUUCGUCGAAGGUGCUCCGUCCAAGAGAUUUCGGAACCCCGAGAAGCUCUGCUAGAGGACGGCUCAAGGCGGACGGUAAUCCACGCCGUGAGGUCAACCCCGACGAGCCGGGAGGCUUCACCAGCUCCGAAAUCCUCGCACGAUGGCGCUUCACCCAAGAAACUAUUGCAAACGAGUUCUUUGAGGCUACCCGGCACCAGUAAGGGGAUCGCGGAUUUCCAAAACGUGUUACGCAGCAAAUUUAGUAAGAUAAACGCAGGGAUACGCAAGCGCAAAGCGCUCAGCGUGACGGAGGUGUUUCCGCCGAAAGAGAACGUUUCGAACUUUUACGUUCCGAGUCCUCUGUCAUCGUCGACUAGUCAGAAAUUCGAGCCGGCUAAUUACGAGAGUCGCUGCGAGCCAGCCUCCUUGCCGCCGUAUCCGUAUCACGAGAAUCUCGAGACCCUCGCCGAGGCGAGUGUGCCGAAUUCGCCGCAGUGUAAGGGGCUCGAAAACCCGCGGGGGUGCCGAGCCUUCACUUACGAGGCUCGAAGAAAUUUGGAGGAUUCACGCUCCGACGUAAUCGAGGAAGAAUCGAGUAAGGAGCCGUACGAGAACAUGAGUUUCGGGGCUUCGGGAAGGCUCCAAGCGAACGGCAGCUGCGCUCAUGCGAGGGACACUCUCCGACGUAGCAAUUCGGAAAACCGUGAUCAUUCGCGGCACGAUAAUUCUUACGAGAACGUUCAGUUCUCGAGGUGCUCGCAGAGGUCAACCAUCCACGACGAGAGGGAGGAAAAUCUCAGGCGUUUGGCCAGAAGCAUUUCGGAAACUCGGGAAACCGAUAACUCUUACGAAAAUAUGCAUUUCCAUAAAAAUUCAAAAUCACGCAACGAUUCCGAAGACUCCUGCUUCGAGGACAUCCACAUACCGAGGGUCACUCCGAGGAAACGAAGCAACGAGUUCAAGCUCGGUGGACAAGUCACCAAUUAUUCGCCCUCCUGCUCCUCCACCGGAUCCGCUGGGGUUCUCAAUAAAUUGGACGAAGGUCCCUCCAGUCUCGGGGCUGAUAUCAGCCCUGGCAAGAAAAAUUCUCGCCGUAUAAACAGCCGUAGCGUCGCGAACAUUCCCUGCUCGUCUGCAAACAAUUUGAAGGCUUGGCACGGUGCUCAAGAAACGGACGAAGGUUUAAACACCGAUUCCGAGCUGGAAGACAUCGACGAAUCGGGCGAGGGGGAAGAGUCGAAAUUCUGCACGCUUCCAAGACCCGGCAAGGGUGGAGUCUCGUUCACGAUACUUACCGCACGUUUUUACAAAGGCCCCGGACACAAGGGACUCGGUUUCAGUAUCGUCGGUGGUACCGAUAGUCCCCGUGGAAAUAUGGGGAUAUACGUGAAAACCGUGUUUCCCAAUGGUCAAGCUGCUGAUUUGAACACCGUCAAAGAAGGGGAUGAAAUACUGUCCAUAAAUUCCAAACCUCUGCACGGGAUGACCCACGCCGAGGCUAUUGCAGAAUUUAAGGCUGUCAAAGCAGGUGACGUCAUACUGCACGUGGGACGUCGAGUAUCGAGAAAAAAGAAGGACGGUUUGACGUUGGCACCAGCGGCGGCGGGUUCGACGCCACGACAGGCCGUCGAAUAACUGUUUUCCUUCAUUUAUUCGUCAUUCGCAAUUCGUCGUACGAAUCUGCACUGGUUCGAAAUAUUUCAGAAAGAAUAUUCGAGCCCCUGACGAGUCGGCAAUAAUGACGAUCGUUUGAGCGCAUAUCCGAAAUCGCGGAGGAUUAUUUUUCAAUGCGCCGAUGAAGAGGAUGCUUCCAAAAUUGCUGCAAACAGUUUAUCGACUUUCGGAUUUCUCUCACUUUGGCCACGAGCCUCUGGAAUGUUGGAUGGGAAGUGAAAUAUUUUGGAAUUCUUGAAACUAAAAUUUCAGUCUUCCCUUCCAUUCGAAUUAUCACAGAAAAACUUUUCGAAUUUCCUUUUCUACAUGACGAUUUUGUUUUCGUCGAAAAAUUUGUUAAAUACUGUGCCAAAAAGCACUGGAAGUUCUUCCACCGAUGAGACGCUCGUUUAAAUCGUGCAGUCGGUAUUUCCAACAUUUUUAUCAUGAAAAUUCAGUCUUUUGAAACAAGGUUUCGUCCGAGAAACGAAAAUUAGCGAAUAAUGUCGAUGGAGCGUUGUAAUUUGAUGGGACGAAGAUGAAACAUUGAAUUUCUCAACGUCAAACGUCAGAUUUUUAAAUUCCUGACGUAACUUCUUCGAGGAAAGCAAACUUUAUACAGCAACGAACCUUUUUUACGAACAUUUGAGUACGAAAAAACGUAGGAACGCUGAAAAAAUCAAAUUCUACUUUCGUAAUAGCACGAAAUUGUCCAAAAUUAAUAGAAACGUGAGAACGCGAUCGAAGUUACAGAAAUCUGUCAAAACAGUGUUAUCCUCGAUGGAGCGAGAAGUCACGAAUCAACGAACCAGCUGAGUACUGUAAAACCAGAAAGGAAACGUAAAGCAAGCAAACUUUGAUAACAUUAAAAUCUAUAUAUAAGCUACUCACAUAAGUAUAUCACGUAAGCGGAUGAGCGAAAAGUAAAUGGUACGACGAACGGCCGGGGAAGAUAAAGGAAGAAGGGAAAAAGGAAUGUUACCGAAAGCAUCCAAAGUUUGAGGUCCUCACACGCCGCAACAAGAGAUUGAAUUAUUUUUUAAAACGAGCAAAAAGAAAAUAAUAAACUCCAGACUAACCGAAGCUCACCCCAAAGAUGAAGCCCAAAAAUAUAUAUUUUACUAUCGUAUAUAGAAGGAAUCGAAUAUUUGACACGUGAGAAGAUUUUUCAUCGAAAAAUAACUACAAAAAUAAUAAUGAAAAAAAAGGGAACGAACAAGUAUCAAUGAACGGAACGAGAAAUAUUUUGAGACGAAAACGUUGUUAGCAUCUAGUCCACUUGUAACCUUUUUUUAUGAAGCAUUUAUAAAUAGAGUAGAAGAGAAAAAAAAUUAAAUGCCACACGGUGAUAUACGAUAUUUAGCUUUAGUCAAUAUGUUAUAUGAAUAUAUUUAAAUUUAAUAAAUAUUCAUAAGUAAAUUUCUAUUAUAUAUAUAUAUAUAUAUAUAUACAUAAAUAUGUUUCUAACGCCUGUCGAUCGAAUUUUAACAGAGAAAGAUUAGCGAUAGUCACGAGAUUUUUUAGUGUCGAACGCGCGCGCUUUGUACUAAAAACCGUAAUCACACCGAUCGUCGGGUUUGUGAUAGGUCGACUCGAAAGGCUAAAAAAAAAGGAUAAAAAAACUGAAAUAAAAUGACGAAAUAUAUUCCAAAGUUCGCCGUGGGUACGAACGAUCGAAUAUAUCGACGUAAAAUUCAAUUUAUUUAUACGUAACAUGACAACCCAAAGAGAUGUACGACAGACAAUAAAAACGAAGAGAAAAAGCAUAUUCCAUCGCGCCUUUCGCGUCGAGUAACGAGAUAUACAAACGUACUCCGAGAUUUUAGUCUUCCAAUAACGACGAACCGAACGAAAAAUUAAAAAAAAAAAAAAAACAAAACAAAACAAAAACAAAACAAAAACAUCAGCUUCGAGUGCGAAACAAUAAUUAACUUGGAAAAUAUGAACAUUUUUUGACGAGCUAUUUUUUACGAGUAAUCAUAUCAAGGGUGCUUAUUCGAAGGAAAUCAAAUUUGGGAAUUUACUAAAAAUAUUCUCAUUCGUGCUACGCGUUCAGUCCUAUCGAGGUGACGAACACCAUUUUCGUUUGCUUAAAUUGUACUGCACAUUCCAUUUUUUUUUGAAAAAUUUCAAAAUACCAUUCGCAUAUAACGACUCUCGGAGAAAAUUCUCGGCUGAAAUAAUAAAAAAUUGAUAAAUGUAUGAGAAUAUACGAAAAAUCAUAAAAUAAAUAACGUGCGAAUCAAAAUUCAAGUGGAAUAUUGAAUUUGUUUUUUUUUAUUCGUUCACAUAACGCGUAGCUCUUAGAUUUUUAUAAUAAUACGAUUUAAUAACCAAAAACAUAUCGAAUGUCGAGGUCGCGUGACCUCUGAUUUGCGGAUAUAAAUAUCAAUAAACUAUUCGCAUGCAGUUUAA